GCCAGCAUGUUUAUCUUUCUACUCUCUUUCUAUUAUUUGUUAAAGAUACUAAGGCGUUCUGAGAGGAAAAGAACUGCACCGGAAGCCGCCGGGGCAUGGCCUGUGAUUGGUCACCUCCAUCUGUUAGGAGGCUCUGAGCUGCCCCACAAAACCUUGGGGGCUAUGGCCGACAAGUACGGGCCGAUCUUCUUUAUCAAGCUUGGUGCGCAACCAGUAUUGGUGGUGAGUAAUUGGGAGAUUGCUAAGGAGUGCUUUACUACCAACGACAAAGCUUUCGCCAAUCGUCCCAAAUUAAUAGCGGUGGAGGUUAUGGGCUACAACAACGCCAUGUUCGGCUUUAGCCCAUAUGGCUCCUACUGGCGCCAGAUGCGCAAGAUAGUCACUACACAUCUUCUCUCAAACAGAAGCCUGGAGAUGCUGAAACUGGUACGUAUAUCGGAGGUGAAGGCAACGAUAAAAGAGCUACAUGAGUUAUGGGUCUCUAAGAAAAGUGAUUCAAACAUGGUAUCAGUGGAGAUGAGGCGAUGGUUUGGAGAUCUAGCCCUAAAUUUGGCUGUAAGGAUGACUGCCGGAAAGAGAUUUUCUAGUGACAAGGAAGGAGUGGAGUACCACAAAGCAAUAAGAUGUUUUUUUGAGUUGACGGGGAAGUUUAUGGUGUCGGAUGCUCUCCCUUUUCUAAGGUGGUUUGACUUGGGAGGCUAUGAGAAGGCCAUGAAGAAGACUGCAGAAAGUCUAGACCAUCUACUUGAAGACUGGUUACAGGAACAUAAACGAAAGAGAGUUUCUGGGCAGCCCACUGGGGACCAAGAUUUUAUGGAUGUGAUGCUGUCCAUUUUAGAUGAUGAGACCAGGGCCCAAGAUUUAAAGAGUUCCGAUGCCGAUAUCAUUAACAAAGCUACAUGCCUGAAUGUCUUAAUAGCGACCACCGAUACUGUUACAGUUAGCCUAACAUGGGCUCUGUCGUUACUGUUAAACAACCGACACGUAUUGAACAAAGCCAAAGAGGAGCUAGAUUUGCAUGUGGGAAGGGAAAGGCGAGUUGAGGAACGGGACAUGAGCAACCUGGUCUACCUCGAUGCUAUCAUCAAGGAAACUCUACGUUUAUAUUCAGCUGUUCAAGUUCUAGCGGCACAUGAGUCCACCGAGGAAUGCGUUGUAGGUGGCUGCUACAUACCCGCUGGGACGCGCCUGAUAAUUAAUCUUUGGAAGAUUCACCACGAUCCAAGUGUAUGGUCGGAUCCUGAUCAGUUCAUGCCUGAGAGAUUUCUCACCACGCAUAAGGAUGUUGAUGUUAGAGGUAUGCAUUUUGAAUUGAUUCCAUUUGGAAGUGGAAGAAGAAUUUGCCCUGGAGUGUCCUUAGCUCUACAAUUUCUGCAAUUCACCCUAGCCAGCUUUAUUCAAGGAUUUGAGUUUGCAACGGCAUCCGAUGGACCGGUUGAUAUGACCGAAAGCAUUGGGUUAACCAACCUCGAGGCCACCCCGCUUGACGUUCUUCUCACUCCUCGCCUCUCUUCUAAUCUCUAUGAGUAAAUCUCUAUGAGUAAGAGCUGGUUAUCCUCGAAUUAAUGAAUCUUCCUUUUUCUUUUCGAAUUAACAUUCUACGACUCUAGACUCUGUAAAUUAAGUCCAGAUAUUUUGUUAAAAAUUGUUCCCAGCUUUUACAAAAAUAUAAAUAUUCGGAUUGGCUAAUUUCAGAA